AUGGCACCCACAGAGGCAGGCUUGUGCUUGUUUGUGACCGCUACAACAGGGCACAAGUAUGAAGGAGUGAGAUUUGAAAAGGGAAACUGCGGAGUCAGCAUAAUGAGAAGCGGCGAGGCAAUGGAACAAGGUUUACGAGACUGCUGUAGAUCAAUCCGCAUAGGAAAAAUCCUGAUACAGAGCGACGAGGAGACUCAAAGAGCGAAAGUGUACUAUGCUAAGUUUCCACCAGACAUUUACAGGAGAAAGGUUCUUCUUAUGUACCCAAUACUAAGUACUGGUAAUACUGUCAUUGAGGCUGUCAAAGUUCUUGCAGAACAUGGCGUACAACCAAGUGUCAUUAUCCUGCUAAGCCUAUUCUCCACAAGUGCCAAAUCGAUCAUCCAGGAAUUCCCAGAGAUCACCAUUUUAACUACAGAAGUUCAUCCUGUUGCACCAACACACUUUGGACAGAAGUAUUUUGGAACAGACUGA